CCGCCCCUGGGGAGCCGGCAGGAUGGCCGAGGGCAAGGCGGGCGGCGCCGCGGGCCUCUUCGCCAAGCAGGUGCAGAAGAAGUUCAGCAGGGCCCAGGAGAAGGUACUGCAGAAAUUGGGUAAAACUGUAGAAACCAAAGACGAACGGUUUGAACAAUGUGCCAACAACUUCUACCAACAACAGGCGGAAGGCCAAAAGCUAUACAAGGACCUGAAGAACUUCCUUGGUGCAGUCAAAGUGAUGCAUGAGAGUUCCAAGAGGGUGUCCGAAACCCUUCAGGAGAUCUACAGCAGCGAGUGGGACGGCCACGAGGAGCUGAAGGCCAUCGUGGGGAAUAAUGAUCUCCUUUGGGAAGACUAUGAAGAGAAACUGGCUGACCAGGCUUUGAGGACCAUGGAAAACUAUGUGGCCCAGUUUGGCGAGAUUAAGGAGAGAAUUGCGAAGCGGGGCCGGAAGCUUGUGGACUAUGACAGUGCCCGACACCACCUGGAGGCAGUGCAGAAUGCUAAGAAGAAGGAUGAGGCCAAGACUGCCAAGGCAGAGGAAGAGUUCAACAAAGCCCAGACUGUGUUUGAGGAUCUGAACCAGGAGCUGCUGGAGGAGCUGCCUGUUCUUUACAAUAGUCGCGUUGGCUGUUAUGUGACCAUCUUCCAGAACAUUUCCAACCUAAGGGACGUCUUCUACAGGGAGAUGAGCAAGCUGAACCACCAUCUGUACGAGGUGAUGAGCAAACUGGAGAAGCAGCAUUCCAACAAAGUCUUCGUGGUGAAGGGACUGUCCAGCAGCAGCAGGCGCUCUUUAGUCAUCUCUGCUCCAGUUCGAACGUCUGCAGUCUCCAGCCCUCUCACCUCUCCCACCAGUCCCUCUGCACGUUCCUUGACGGGUGAGACGGAAUCUGAAUCAUCUGCUGAAGAGGAGCUGGCCCCUGGUGCAGCCCAGGGAGAAGACAACUGUGAAGUUAAACAGGAGCCCUCAAAAGAUAAGGAAAUGGCGGAGGAAGGGUCGGAAGCCAGCUCUGAGGAGGAGGAGGAGGAGCCUCUACCAGCCUGCAACGGCCCAAGCGAGGUCCAGCCCUCCGCCACCACCGAGGGCGAGGCGUCCCAGGAGGAGGUUCCCCCUCGCUCGCCACCUGGGUCGCCAGACAGAGCCCUGACCCCGUCGGAGCAGCCCUCAUCUCCUGCUCCGGAAGUAGUUCUCCGAACCCGCGCCUCCAGCGAAGGAGCCGAACAACCCAAGAAGAGAGCCUCUACCCAGCGGGCCUCAGCGCCCCCGAGCAGGCCGCCUCCACCCCGCGCCACUCUGAGCCCCAGGCCCCCCUCAGGGGAUGUACCCCCCAGCCCGCCGGCCUCCGAAGGGGUUUCACCCGCCAGCCCCGGGGGCAUCCUGGGCACUGGGACUCCGAGUCCUAGGGCCUCCUUGGAGGUCUCUCCUCAUGCAGAGCCACCAGAGAAGCCAGGCAGAGCACCUGGGGCCAGAGAAAUGGAAGACGCCCCUGUUCCAGCCGCAGAACCUUGUGCCUCCCCCACCUCGGUGUCUCAGGGCCAAGACCUUCAGCUUCCGGCCUCUGCAGCCUCGGAGCCUCCAGAAGAGGUGGCCACAGGUCAGAACGCACAGCUCUGAAGGGAGCCCCACGCGCCUCCCCAGAGACGCUCCCCAGCCGGAGGGUGCGGGUCAGGAUGGAAGAGCCAGCACACGCUCUGGGUUCUCAGCGAGAGCGCUGGUGGCCUCUAUCGACCUGGCAUUCAUGGAGG